UGAUCCUGAGGGAUGGCUCACAGCUGCUCAUGGAAAAUGGACUUAAACCCAUGGAUGGUUACUACUGCACAGAGUUGAAUGGAAUGCCAUGACUUUAGAAAUAUUAUUGUAGAACCACCUUCUUUGCCUUGCACCCAUUAUAUCCUUAAAUAUUUAAGUGUGAACAUUGUGAUUAUCAAUUCUAAAAAAUAAUGGCAUGGGUGAAAUUCCUAAGGAAACCUGGGGGUAACCUUGGAAAAGUUUAUCAGCCUGGAAGCAUUCUGUCCCUGGCCCCUACAAAAGGCUUAUUAAAUGAACCUGGACAAAACAGCUGCUUUCUUAAUAGUGCUGUUCAGGUGUUAUGGCAACUUGACAUAUUUCGACGAAGUUUAAGAGGUUUAACUGGACACGUGUGUCAAGGUGAUGCCUGCAUAUUUUGUGCUUUAAAGGCAAUCUUUUCCCAAUUCCAACACAGCCGAGAAAAAGCCCUCCCAUCAGAUAACAUGAGACACGCCCUCGCCGAAAGCUUCAAGGAUGAGCAGCGCUUCCAGCUGGGAUUCAUGGAUGAUGCAGCAGAAUGCUUUGAAAACAUCCUUGAGAGGAUUCAUUUCCACUUAGUGCCAAACAGUGAAACAGAUAUGUGCACUUCGAAAUCCUGUAUUUCUCACCAGAAGUUUGCUAUGACACUGUAUGAGCAGUGUGUGUGUCGCAGUUGUGGAGCAUCAUCGGAUCCGUUGCCUUUUACGGAAUUUGUGCGUUACAUUUCCACCACAGCCCUGUGUAAUGAAGUAGAAAAAAUGAUGGAGAGGCAUGAACGACUCAAGCCAGAAAUGUUUGCGGAAUUGCUGCAGGCAGCAAAUACUGCUGAUGACUACAGAAAAUGUCCUAGUAAUUGUGGUCAAAAAAUAAAAAUUCGUCGUGUUCUUAUGAAUUGUCCUGAGAUUGUCACCAUUGGUUUAGUCUGGGAUUCAGAACACUCUGAUCUGACAGAAGAGGUUAUGAGGAAUCUGGCAACACAACUUUAUCUUCCGGGGCUGUUUUAUAGGGUUACAGAUGAAAAUGCCAAAACCAGUGAGCUUUUUCUUGUGGGAAUGAUUUGCUACACUAGCCGACAUUACUGUGCCUUUGCCUUUCACACCAAGAGCUGCAAAUGGGUGCUCUUUGAUGAUGCUAAUGUAAAAGAGAUUGGAACAAAAUGGAAAGAUGUAGUGUCCAGGUGCAUUCGAUGUCACUUCCAGCCAUUGCUGCUAUUUUAUGCUAACCCAGAUGGCACAGCUGUGUCUCCAGAAGAUGCACCAAAGCAGAUUAUUCACUGGUCUCAAUGCAAGGCAGCAGGAGGAAAUGGGGAAGACCUGGGAUUUGAAAAGCAUUCUGCUGCUAAAGUAGACCAUGUGAAAGAGAAUGGAAUUGGAGAUUCCACUAAUCAAAGAAGUAAUAAAAAACUUCAGCCAGAUAAUCCAGCAUUCAGUAGAAGCCAUAUUCAAGCAAGUGGUGGCAGAGGCCCAGCCAAGUUAGGAUACAGCGAACAAAAGGACAGGUUAAAAGAUUUAUCCAGGGAGUGUGCCCAGAAAGCUGCUGACAUGAAAAACUUCACAUCUUUACGGAAAGAUACGGACAGAGGACCGAGGAAAGAGUCUGGAAGACAAAGAGACUUGACUGGAGAAGAGCGUUCCAGUGCUAAGUCAGGGUCUCCUCCGGUUGGGAAUGGACUGAGGCACUGCGCGGAUCAGCGGAUCUACGGCAGCCAGGGAAGGGGCCCCUACAAGCACGACAGCCAAGUGCCUCACCAGGCAAAGCUUCCUGCACAUGUGCUUGGCUCCAACAAAACAGAGCCUUUUCCUGCUGGGGAGAAACCAGUGACAAGGACACGGACCGACGGCAUCGCUGGCUACGACACGGAUACCAGUCAAGACUCCAGGGACAAAGGAAAUAUCAGGAGCAGGAGUAAAGGUUGGAAACCAAUGCGGGAGACAUUGAAUGUAGACAGCAUUUUCAGUGAGACUGAGAAAAAACAGCACAGCCCAAAGCACAAAGCAAACCUGAGCAGUAAAUCUAAGCACGAGAAGGAGCGGAGCUUUAACCACUGGCCGAAGGAGAACCAAAUGCAGAAGGGUUUGAUGACUAUAUAUGAAGAUGAGACAAAACAGGAUACGGGAAGUCGAAGUUCACUGGAUUCUGAGGGAAAAGGGAAUGUGGAAAAAAGCAAAGGAUUUACAGAGAGAAAAAUCCAUGGUGAUAACUGGCAAAUUCAGAGGACAGAAUCUGGGUAUGAAAGCAGUGACCAUAUCAGCAAUGGCUCUGCAAAUCCAGACUCCCCUGUUAUUGAAGGAAUCAAUACGGCAGAUGCCAAGAAUGUGAAGGAAAGUGCUUCCUGCAGUGAACAGAACUUGCCAACCAAAAAAGCUGACAGUGUGGUACAUUCAGUACCCCAGCAGAACAGAAGCUUCCAUGCCCCAGAUUUGAGGAAAGACCAGAUCAAUUCUGAAAUUACCUACAGACCUCAUCCUCAUGUUGGUAUCCCAACAGAACUACAUUUGCAGGUGCCCAGCCCUCCAGUGAAGAGAGUUGAAAUGCCUGAGACCAACAGGAAAUUUUUCCCCUCAUCAGCUCUCCAGCCAGUUGUCAAAGAGAUUGUGAAGUCAGACAGCAGGAACAAGGUCAGUGAGCCGAACUCUUCCGAGUGGCUUCAGGCAGAGAGGUUCGAGAAGCUGAACGUGCCGGUGUAUUGUGCGGACAGCGUGUCCCACCCCUUCCCGGACAAUGCCUGUGGCAGGAAGCCACUCCACAGCGACUUCCCCGCCCCUGCCCAGCCGCAGCCUCAUCACACGAGGAGCGGGUCCCAUCACACCCUGGGUCCCAAGGUGGGGCUGGUUCCCUGUGCCCCUCAGAGCCUGCCCGAGAGGCCGGCGGUGCUGCCCGCCCCUCCCAGCGAGCACCUGCUCCGGAGGACGGAUCCCCUCUGGGUGCCUGAAGCCGUGUACCAGAACAUUCCUCCCCCUUUACCUCCCAAGAAAUAUGCUCUGAGCACUUUGGCAGGAUCAGAGAGUAACUCGGUAGCGGAUGGAAAAUCAACGGAAGCGCUGCAAAACAGCCCAUUAAGGCAAACGGGUGCGCCUUCCAAAUCUGCACCAGAAGCAAGUGCAGUCCCGGCUGAACAAAGGCUUAGAGAGCCCUUUCCAGGGAACGAAGUGUUUGUUCACAAACCGGAUUCUCCACCUCGCUUAUCAGUUAAUGAGUUCUGGACCGUGUCUGAGAACACGCUGAAGAAAGGAUCUCGUCACACGGGACCCAGCCCUGGCCACGCAGAUGGGAACGACAGCGUGUCCCUCACCACUUACUUCUCCGUGGACAGCUGCAUGACUGACACCUACAGGCUCAAGUACCACCAGAGACCCAAGCUGUAUUUCACAGAGAGUGGAAGCUUCCACAAGGAGAAGCGUCCACCAGCAGCUGGAGUAGAUCUGAAUGCCACAUACCCUGCCACUCUGGAGCCCAGGCAUCCCACCCCUGAACAGAGGUACAAGGCAAAUGCAGAAGGAAUGCACUGCAGUCGAUAG